CUUAUUUCCAGAUAGGCAUCAAAAAACCCUAAUCUCACAAAGUUCGCUAAGGUUUCUGUCAAAACCUAACCAGCACUUCUUCACCGGCGGAACAUCGAACAUUCGGCCGUCCGGCAGAGAACGUUACCUCAAAUGGACUUCGAUGAGUACGAUUAUCUGGAGAAGACUGUAGAAGAGCCCAACGGUGGUCCUUCUACAAAGAGCAAAGACAACAACAACAGCAGCGCCGAGAAGGAGAAAAGCGAGAAAGCCUAUCGCCGGAGGGAGAGAGACGGGAGCGAGGAAUACGCCGCCCAGGACGACAAUAGAGAUCGCCGUAGCAGCAAAAGGUCUCGCGGCGACGGCGAAAAGGAUAAGGAGAGAGAUAAAGAUAGAGAUAGGGAAAGGGAAAGGUCGUCGAGGCAUCGGAGCAGGGAGCGAGAAUCGGAGAGAGACAGAGAGAGAAGCUCAAAGGACCGAGACCGAGAACGUGACAGAGAGAAGAGGGAGAAGGAGAAGGAGAAAGAGAGGGAGAAGGAGAAGGAACGAGAGAGGGAGAGGAAGAGUAGAGAUCGGGACAGGGAGAGAGAUAAGGAACGGGAGAAGGAGAAGGAGAAUAGAGAGAGGGAGGGGUCAAGGAGGAGCCGGAGUCGCUCCAGGAUUGAACGAGAGCGAGAGAAGGAGCUGUCAAGAGACGUCGAGCGUGAACGUGACUUUGAAUCUCGAGACAGCAGGAGAUUCAAGGAGAAGAAAGAAAAAAUUGAACCAGAAGCUGAUCCAGAAAGGGACCAGAGAACUGUUUUUGCUUACCAGAUGCCCUUGAAGGCAACUGAAAGGGAUGUGUAUGAGUUCUUCUCACAAGCAGGAAAGGUGAGGGAUGUGCGGUUAAUCAUGGACCGGAAUUCAAGGCGAUCUAAAGGAGUUGGGUACAUUGAGUUUUAUGAUGCAAUGUCUGUGCCAAUGGCUAUUGCUUUAUCCGGUCGCUUGCUUUUUGGCCAACCAGUCAUGGUAAAACCUUCUGAAGCUGAAAAAAACCUUGUUCAGUCAACUGCGUCUGGUGGUGGAUCAGGGUUGGCAGGGCCAAAUGCUGCCUCAGAGAGAAAACUUUAUCAACAUCUAGAAUAUGAUGGAUUCUACAGAGAGAAACUCCUACUUCUCUCUAGAAAACUAGAAAACAUGAGUUUCAUCAAAGCUGCCUCUUGGCCAGCCCUAAAGCUUGGGGGAAGAUGCCAUCGAAAGCUUGACGUAGGGCAGGAGCUGCACUUCUCGCUAUUUGAGGAGCACUCUCAGGCGCAUGGGCUUCUUGAAAUCUUCUUACACGAUCUCUCGCGAGUGAGGAUUGUGGUGAGGAAAGGGGGCAAAAUCCCUGUCUCCACUGUGGUGGAAGAUGGCUACUUGAGUUAUAGGGUUUGGUUGAGCCCUGAAUUUUGCCCUAUCUUUAUGCCUGAGAUAGUGGCGGAAGAAAAGGGAAGGUCAAAUAGAAGGGAGGGGAAAGGAAAUCAGUCUCUGAGGAGAGGGGAGUGCUCACCCGAUUAG